AUGCCCAUCAACACCUCCUCAUCAGACGAAGGCGUCACGGGCGCCGCCAAGUUCGUCACCUCAACCGUCGGGAACACCCUAGGCGGCGUGGCCAGGACGGUCGGCGGCGUGACGGGCGCUCUGGGCCGUGGGCUGGGCGACACGAUCACGGGCGCGACGGGCAGUGCGGGCAAGCCCGUGGGUGACGGGUUGAGCAAUGCCUUGACCGGGGUGGAGAACGGGACGAAGAAGGUGGCCAGGGGCGUCGAGGACGCGGGGGAGUGGAAGGGGGGUGCAAAGAGGUUUUAG